UGAUUGGAAUUAGAAUAAAAUAGAAAUGUAACCUCUUAUGGAAAAUACUAUUCUUAAAAGCGAUGAUGGUAUCAUAAAAGCCUAUUAAAAUGGAGAAUUAAUUUAAGAUACUGAAAAUAUACCAACUAUGAUAGAAUACAUAGAAGAUGUUCUUUAUAUAUUAGAGCUUAUAAAUAAUAAAAUAAAUAAAACUGUAUGUUAAGAAAGAAUAUAGCUUUUAAGAUAAAAGUUUACUUUGCAUUAAACUUUAAAUAAUUAUAAAGAGAUUUUAGAUUAAAGGAAAAUUUAUCACAGAGAUUUUUAUAACACAGUAAAAGUAGAUACUCAUAUACAUCAUUCAGCAUCCAUGAACGCUUUAAAAUUACUAAAAUUUAUAAAAAGGAAAUUAAUAAAUGAACCUGAUGCCGAAGUAUAUAAAGAUAAUGAAACCGGUAAAAUAAUGACUUUAAAAUAAGUUUUUGAUAGAUAUGGAAUAAAAGAAGAACAUAUUAGUUUAGAUACAUUAAAUGUUAAAGCCGAUAGAACUUUAUAUUAAAGAUUCGAUAAUUUUAAUAAUAAAUACAAUCCUUUAGGUUAACCUGUAUUUAGGGAAAUUUUUAUGAAAACAGAUAAUUUUAUAAACGGAAAAUACAUAGCUGAAAUAACUUAAAAUGUAAUUGAAAGAAUGGAGAAAGAUUAAUAUGUAUAUACAGAAUGGAGACUUUCAAUAUAUGGAAAAAAUACUCAAGAAUGGAAUAAAUUAGCUUGUUGGGUUGUAAAUAAUAAACUUUAGUCAAAAUAUAAUAGAUGGAUGAUAUAGAUACCUAGAUUAUAUUAGGCCUAUAAAAAAGCAGGAUUCAUUUAGAAUUUUUAAGAUAUGAUAGAUAAUAUAUUUAAACCACUCUUUGAGAUAACUAUAAAUCCUGAAAUAGAUCCAAUUUUGCACUAAUUUUUAGCUACUAUAGGAGGUUUUGAUACUGUAGAUGAUGAAAGUGCUUUUGAAUAAUUUUAUUUGGAAGAUUUAUAGACACCACCAAAUAAAUGGACAAAACUAAAUAAUCCUCAUUAUGCGUAUUGGAUUUAUUAUAUUUAUGCAAAUAUUACUAGCUUAAACAUUCUUAGAAGAAAAAGGAAUUUAAAUUGUUAUAGUUUUAGACCUCAUUGUGGAGAGGCAGGUAAUAUAGAUCAUUUAGUUAGUGCCUUUUUAUUAGCAGAUAGUAUCAAUCAUGGAAUUCUUUUGGAAAAAUCACCAGUUUUACUCUAUAUGUUCUAUUUAAAAUAAAUUGGAUUAGCAAUGAGUCCUUUGUCAAAUAAUAAAUUAUUUAUGAAAUAUGAAAAAUAACCUUUUUAUAAAUUUUUUUAAAUUGGAGUAAACGUUAGUAUUUCUACUGAUGAUCCUUUAAUUCUUCAUAUGACUAAUGAUCCUUUAUUAGAAGAAUAUUCAAUAGCUUCUUAAAUUUGGGAUUUAUCUACUGUUGAUUUGGCUGAAUUAGCUAGAAACUCUGUUAUGUAAUCUUCUUUUGAAUAUACUAUUAAAAAUCAUUGGGCAGGAGAUUUCAAAACAAUUAAUAAAAAAUCAAAUAGACCAGCAUAUUCUAAUUUACCGCAAAGCAGAUUUAUUUAUAGAUUACAAAAUUUAAAUAAAGAAUAUGAAUUCUUGAAUUCUUUAGGAAAAAACUAAUGA